CAGCCAUUUCUACCUCUGCUGCUUCCUGGUUGCUUUUGGCGCCAUGUUUUCUCUCGUCUCCGGGGCAAAAUGGAUGAGUGAUCCUAGGAAAUAACGGAGAAAUCCCUACCUAGGAGGCCGAAACGGCGGCGGCAGCAGCUGCUGCAACGAGCCCCCGGGCCCCUCAAAAGGUAUAUAGGCAAAUAAUGGUGGAGCACGUGUUUUCUCUGACUCGGGGGACAGCUCUCGUGGAAAAUGCGACCACCCCCCCAGAGAGGCAUCUGAAAAUUGUAUGCUACAAAUGCAGACAACAGCUCGAAGUUGUUGGUUUGGAUCCAGACGAACAACGCAGUCUUAAUGGUGCCUAUGCAGCAGUAAGUCCUAGGGAAUCCAAUGGGCCUUGCUCCCCAAUUAAGUUGGUUUAGGAUUGCAGCCAUCCUUGCGUUGAAAUCAGGGUCUAAAUUUAGCCGCGGCGACUAACUGAAGCCCCACUGAUUUCAGCGAAGGCUGCACUCCUAGGCACCCUUACCUGCUGAGAGCAAAUCCUGGGUACGUCCAUUGCUGCAGUUAAGUCCCGCUGAGUUCAUCGAGGCUUUACUUCUAAAUCGUGCAUACAUAAGAAGAUUGCGCUGUUAAGAGGGACUCGUGUCGUCUGAAUCCUACCAUUAUCCCUGUAUUGCAACUUGCAGACGUAGGGCUGACAGCGGCAUAUCACACGCACACGUCGCAGUCACAAACCUGAACUGACUUGAGUAUGCAGCCAAACCAGCUCAAGUUAAAUUCGCCAGCCCUUUCUAAAGCCUCCCCUCGUGCAGCUUUCGUGCAAUAGCACCGAGCUUUUUACCUCUCUAACUCUGCAAUCCUAUGCAUAUGUCUGCUGCCAAGUAAGGUAGGAUUGCAGCCCGACCAUACAAAAUAAUAGGAGACGAGACCCAAAAUCACGCAGCAAAUGAGAGGAUGUGACUCUCGUCUUCCUUCCUAUAUUUGUGGUCUUCGGGCGCGUUGCUUCCGAGACUGCUUCGGGCUCUGCGCCUGCAUUCAGGGGAAGCCGCGCAGGUGUUGCCUCCUUGCCGAAAGCCCUCGAGGCUCCCAAGGUGCAUAUUGCCCGCUAGCCUGGAGGACCGAGGCUCCAGUGGCGCAGAUUUCCCCCCCCACACACACACCUCGGUAGUUUGUCUUUAUUAUGUCUAUGGUCGCGAAACGGUCUGCGCGUUAUGCAGCACGAGUUUGCGGAGUGGAGUUGUGGGCAAUCUGCAUUCAGACGUGCAGGACGAGGCGGGGAAGUCUCCGGUAUCACGUAUUUGAAUGGCCCCCUCCCCCGCGUCCCAAACAAAAACUCGUCGCGUUUAAUAGAACUGGGAGAAAGGAUUUAGCGCCCUCUCCCCAGUUAACUGAAGUGCAGGGAGCUUUUUAACUUAGAAGAAUAUAUAAAAAUAUUGCAUCUCCCUUGCACACACACAGUACGGCGUGUGGGUGGGUGUGUUGUUAGUUUUUUAAUGUUUUGAUUUUGUUUUUACUUGUGCUGUUUUGUUACUUUGCCGUUUGUGGCCUUGGCUCCUUUGAUGGGGAUGGUAGGAUAAAAAUACAUUAUCCAGAAUGUUUGGAAGGCAUUCUUAGUGCAUAAUGUGGGUAGUAGAGAUCCUGUUAGUGAUCGUGGGUGUGACUCCCUCAAGCUCAAGAUUUGUUGGAUUUUAGCCUUUAGAGGCUAGGGGUGGUGGUUGAUUUCAUUCUCUGCUCAGUCAUAGAUAUAAUCCUGUCUCUAUUUCGGAGGAUUCAACUCAAAAUUCUGCGCAACCAAAGAGUUAGGAAAGAAUGCCUGGCCACUUUGAAUCAACGGCCUUUUCAUCUCUUCCUAUAUACUGUAUAUUUUUUUCCAAAGGAAGGGAAUUUUGUCUCAAGUACUGUAUCCGCUUUGCCUAUCCAUAUCGGCCAUUGAGAACUUGUUUUUUGUUUGCUUGUUUGUUUUGUUUUUAAAAGUGUAAACUCUAGCACAUUUGUGACACUGUAGAAAUCACACAUGUAGACAUUUCCCAGACUAAAUCCCUUUUUGUUUUGUUUUAUGCUUUACCGUGUUUGUUUCCUCUCUCAGAAACUUCAAAGAGGAAUGUCAUGCUAUCUCUAUGCGGAAAACUUUCCAGAUAGAGGAUCUGUCUACGUUCGGGAAAAUGGACAGCUAUAUAAGGCAAAUCAAGCAUCAGGAGGAGUAAACAACAGUGAUCCAAAGCCAAGGCCUUCAAGACUCUUUUCCAAAGGAUUUUCUGUUGAGCUCUAUGUGAAUAGGGAAAAUGACAAUGGAAGGACAGAUCACUUCAUCUUCACUUACACAAAGAAGGGAAAUCUUCGCUAUUCUGCCAAAUCUCUCUUCAGCCUAGUUCUGAGUUACAUUGCUGACAACAUUCACCAUGUUGAUUCACUGGUUGACUUUCCAGAACAGAUAGCCGAAAAGCUUUUCUAUGCAGCAGAUGCUAGACAGAAAUUUACAGAACCAAGAACAGGACUCUGUGCUUUGCAAAAAUUUAUUGAUGCUUAUGGAAGUUUAGUGCUUCAGACUCUAUGCUUGAAAAAUGGGUAAGCAUGCAUAACUUGUUCUUAGUAGCACACCUGCACCCCCAUUAAAGGAGUCCUCAAUAAAGUAGCAAAUCACACUGCCUAGAGCUAAAUUAAAAGGAUACAAAGUGAAUAAGGUAGAAUACUGUUGUGUGGCCUGUUCUGGCUGUUCCUAGUGCUUCAUAGUAUUUGAAUUUGGAACAUAAACCACUUUACUUAGGUUGGAAAGGCAUCCAACUAAAAACUUUAAUUUAUCUUUUUUAUUGUUUUGGCAGCUUUACUUAUUUCUGUGUGGAGUAAUGGAGCAAUAGCAUUGCUUUACACCUUACAAAUAAGAUUCGGUAUUGGCCUUUAAAUGUAAAUCCUUUUAUCUUUCCUAAGUGCAAUUAGUUGAAAAUAAGCUUUCUUGAACAUUGCUUCCAAACAACUAAAUUUAGGCUCAGUGUGGUUCUUUGUACUCUUCACAGCAAAUCUAGGAAUGAAUACUGGCUUCUUCUUCAUAGUCUUAUCUGCACCAAAUAUAUUUUUCCUAGAACAGAUGCUCUUUUACAAGUUUCUGUUAUAUAUAUGGCUUACUAGGACUGUUAUUGUUUCUCGUAUCGGGCUUUCUCAUAGCUGAUUAUUUAGCACUGGGACCGGGAACCUUAGGCUUGGGGGCCUAAUGCACUCUUCCUGUCUGGCCUCUCCCCAGAUCACCUCCCUCACCAGUUCUGCUUUGCACUCCCCUCAGAUAUUUUUUGCUUGAGUAGAAUGUGUCUCUGAACUCUGAUGAUAUUUCUUGCUUGCUUGGAUGGGGGAUAGAAAGGGAUGUGUGAGCAUGUGUAGAAACUAGCCUACUGGUACAAAGGCAAAAUCCAUACUGGGGGCUCUGCCCAGUUUUCCCUCUGGCCCACCCAUUCUUAGGAGGCUGCCCAUGAGGAAUUGUAUCUGUUGGUGCUGAUAAAGGUUCCUCACUCCAGGUUUACUGUAGAAUAGAGCAUAAUCAGAAACAGAAUAUUGGAUCAGGGCAUUGAGGAGAUUCUUGGUUGCUUUGUAAAAUACAUAUAUAUCUCAACUGGACUAAACUAAUCUCAUAGGCGUUUCCCCCAUUGACAGAGUUGGUUGGUGGUGCUAAAUCUAUGGGAAUGUCCCUCUGUCCUGUCCCAAAGAGGGACAGAACUUUAUGUAUGCCACAACAGCAGCAAGAAUUCUUAUUGCAAAGUAUUGGAAGACACAAGAUCUACCCACCUUGGAAGAAUGACAGAUGAAGGUGAUGGACUAUAUGGAACUGGCGGAAAUGACUGGCAGAAUCCGAGACCAGGGAGAAGAGUUGAUGGAGGAAGAUUGGAAAAAGUUUAAAGAUUAUUUACAGAAAUAUUGUAAAAUUAAUGAAUGUUAGAAUGAUGUUGGAUAGAAACUAAGUGGUCUUUAGCUGAAAGGUUACAAGGGAAGAUGAAAAAAGGGUUUAUUAUGUAAUAUGUAAAAAUCUAAAAUUACAACAUUUUUAUGAUUGAUGAUUAGGAUACUAAAAGAGGGGAGGGAUUUGCUGAACAAAAUAAUUGAACUGGAAUACAAAAAAGGAAGGUGUGAGGAGGUCCUGGAAAUAAGCAAAUGAAGGUCAAGUAAUGGAAGGAAAGAAUUGUUUUUAAAUAUUUUUACUAUGGUUUUUUUUUUGUUUUUUUUUUUUGUUUAUCUUUGUGUGUUUGGUAAAACAUUGAAAAUCUUAAUAAAUAUCUUAUAAAAAAAUAAAAAAAAAUAAAUCUAUGGGAAUGAAAGAAACUGGACAAGGGUGCAGAAUCUUACAGUUGUGUUUGCUCUUUUACAGUUACCUAGUUAUUUCUGAAAAACUUGAAGAAAUUAAAUCUUUCCGGGAUCUGACAUGCUUGGAUUUGUCCUUCUGUAAACUUGGAGAUGAGCAUGAGCUGCUGGACCAUAUCACCAACAGGACACUAUCUAGGUACCAGUUUGCUGCAGAGGAAGUGAACAUUUGGUUUGUUGUUGAAAGAACUGUGGCAAUAUAAAUCAGUCUUAAAUGCAGAAAGUCUGAAACUCAGCAAAUUUUACUAAUUGUAUAUCUCACAGCUGGCUUAGUUUUAGAACUUUCCAUUUGGCUUUGCAAAACUCCCGUCUACUUACCAAGAGCUUCUGAGGGUUUUUGGUUUUUUUAAAGAAAGAAAAUAAAACAGUAUGUAAAUUUUAUUAAAUAAAUAAAUAAAUGUGUAAUUGUAGCUUUUACAUUUACCUUAGUUUAACUCGGCUUUUCCUGAAAGAUAACUGCUUGUCAGAUGCUGGUCUUCGCAAAAUGACAGCGCCUGUCCGAGUGAUGAAAAGGGGCCUUGAAAAUCUCUCAGUAUUGGAUUUGUCUUGUAAGUAUAGCUUCAGGUUGGAAACAGGGUAUAUGCAUUGUAAUCCAGCAUUCAUCCUUGCCAGUAUCAGAAGAAUUUAAUAAAUAAAAAUUAAUCACUAUUGAGUACCCAUUACAAGAGAGAUAGAAACCAGAAUAGCUGCUGUUCAAUAUUGUUGAUUAAAACCGGCUGCUGUCCAGUUUACACAAGAGAUGGUCAAAAUGUGCUGUGUAUUCUGCAACAGAAAUAGCCAAUUUUCUGCUGCACAGUUUAAUAUGGAAACCAUACAUUUUAGUAGCUAUUGUAUGGGCUAAUCCUAGAUUUACAUCAUAGCAAAUAUCUGAUAUAGUUCCAUGUCAGCUACCAGAACCCAGCCCUUGACUGGAUAUAGCUUUGAGCUACUUCUUUGAUAAACCAAUUGAAACAAAGGUAGUGAUUGCAUGCGAGGCUCUGUCAAGUAGAGCUUAGAAAGGCUGAGCUGUAUAUGGCUGUGGAAGGGUUAGUUUGCAUAGAUUGCUUUGCACAUCAAAAGGAGGCCCAAAGUAAUUUAGAAUAACAGAGUGCAAAAUGCAUAAAUUCAACAAAACAAUACAAAACAUAAAACACUGAGUGUUCAUUCAAAGAAAAUGUAAUUAGAACAGCACAAAAUAACCACUCCCUUCAUACAGGAUCACCACCAUUUGCCACCAAAGGCUUGGGGGCAUAAAACCAUUUUCACUUGACACCAGAAAGAUGACAGUCGUCUUUUUUGCCAAGACUUUAGACACAAUGAGUCUGUGGUUUGGGAGAGUUUCGGGUGCAAAGUUACUAUAUACUAUCAGAACUUGGUUUUCAUCCAAGUGUGCAGAACCCUAUUACAGGUGCUGACCAUUUUAGGCACAUCCAAUUGACGUGUGACCACCGAUGUGUGGGUCCUUAUGGACCUGAAAGAAGGCAGAAUGGGGGCAGGGUGGAAAGGGGCAAGUUUAUAUGCGCUCCGCCGAUGCUCAUGGGAACCCGGAAAGGAACCCCAAUGCGAAAUGAUUGCUGCCUGUAUUACAAACUAAGGUAUUGGAUAUCAUUAACAUUGACUUUCCAUAUUGACUUAACCAUUAGUACCUAUUUUAUAUUGUAGGCAUUUAUGUAUUUUUUUAUUUUCUUCCAGUCCCUGGGAACUAACAAACCAUAUCUAGAUAUUAAGGUAGAGCUGUGUUUACCAGAAAAAACCCAGUUAACUUUUUACCACCCCUACUCAUGUAAAGUAUAUGCAGAUUUAUUCUGAAUUACUGGGCCGUAUCUAUACUACAAACAGUCCUUUUGCUUAAUCCGCUUUAUCAUUUACGUGCAACUUGAAACUAUUUUGUAAUUUAGCUUAAUUUUAGAUUUAAUACAAUAUUCUUGAUUUUAUAUAGGUAAUCCAGGAAUCACCCGUUUGGGACUCAGGUAUCUGCUUCCUUUCAAAAAGCUGAACUGUUUGGAUCUUUCUGGAACUUGCCUCAAGGUGAACAUAUUUUUCUGCUCUGCUGAAUAUCUGGAGCAUUUUUAGCACAGAAAUGAAAUGCAACUCAUGUUAUAUUUACCGCGGUUUCAAAGAAAAGUCAAAAUUUUGUCUUUCUAUAAAGUCAGACUUUGGUUGACAAUUAUUUCUUUAAGGGGAUUUGUUUUGGUUUUUCUUUUUACCUAGGACACAAAUGCUGUUGUUUGCUGGAUCCAGACACAAAUAGGUCUCGCUCAUUCAGAGGUGCCCUUGAAAGCAUUUGAUCAUAAUAGCUGCAAAACAGAGGGAUGGGCAGAGCAGGUAAGUCUUAAUGUACCUUCUUGAACUAUUUCUUGACUUCAUUUAGCAAGCAUCUUCCUAUGUGGUAAAAAGUGAUUUUCCUGUGUGGUAAAAAGGGGGGAUUUUCUAAAUGACUCAGAACCUAGAGAAUUACCUCUCUAUCUCCCUAUCUGCCUUCCUCUCAUUAAUACUCCAUUAGUAGAUUAUGGCUUGUAUACGCUUUUUAACAGAAAUCUAGUUUUCCUUUUAAGACUGUGUGAGUUGUUAUGCAAACUCCAUAUGGCUCAGUCAACUGUAUAUCACUCAGCACUGGGAUGAAUACUGUUGAAUCACAGGGGAACUGCCAUGCAUUAACAAACAACACUUGAAAAACUGUAAACUCAUAUUCACACUGAAUGUCAAGUUAUAGUGGUGACCUAUUAGCUUUGAAUAAGUGUGCUGCCUACUGAAACUUUUUUGCAAUUCUACUUUUCUCAGACCAUCUUGCAAUGGGAGCAUGCAGUGCAAGAAGCAAUUAAACCACAAGAAAGCCUGAAAUCUCGAACUGCAGCUCAGCUUUUCUGUAAGCAACUUGCAUGAAGAUACAAAUUUCUAAACUUGGGAUUAGAGCUAGAGUGCAUUUUUGUAAACUGAGCUAAAGAUGAUUGAAGCACCGCUGGAAAACAGCGAAUGCCAGUGGAGCUUUCCACAGAGUCACCCCUCAUAGUAGCUCCAAGAACUGAAGAGGCAAGCUAGUUUUGAAACAUGAGCAGUGGCUUGUUUCUUUGACCGUAGGCGCUUAUAGCUGCAGACAAAGAAAGUAGCAUUAUCGCUAUGCUUCUCUGUGGUCAGAGCAAAGCGCUUAGACCUUAGCAAUUAAUUAGAAAUAGGUUAGGAGAGAAUUAAAAAGACAGCUGGAAAUAUCAUUCAAUUUGUAACAUGUAAUACUAGAUCAUUUAAGUAUAAAGGCCUAGAUUUUGUCAUGCUAGUAACAUGCAGCUACAUUCAGAAUUCCGUGUAACAUUGCUUCUGCAAAUGUGUUCUUUUGCAUAGAAGCUGCAGGUAACCUCCACCAACACCACAUUUAUGUUCUAUUUUAAAAUGAUAGGAGAGGUCACAAUAGCAAUUCUUGAGAAGCUUUGAACCCUUAAAAUAUUUUGACUACAGUCAUACCUUGUUUUUCGAACAGCUUAGUUCUCAAACAUUUUGGCUCCUGAAAGCUGCAAACCCAGAAGGGACUGUUCCAGUUUACAAACUAUUUUUGGAAGUAGCGCUUUGGUUUCUGAAUGUUUUGGAAGUCGAAUGGACUUCCAGAACGGAUUCCGUUCGACUUCCAAGGUACGACUGUAUUUGGAAACUGCCUCUAGGUUAACUCUUCUGUUAGUGCAACUGACCCAAACUGAACAGUGCAAAAUUAAGCUAUAUUCAAAAUUAUGUGAAGUUACUUCACAAAAUUUGUCUUGCAGAUGGAAAAAGAGCCAGGACAGAAGAACCUCUUGAAUUAGAGCCUUCUGAGAACCUGCAGUUCUACAGGCCAAGAGCAGAAAUGUUAAAUUUACCUGUACUAAUAGGGAAGAGUGAAGAAUUACAGAAGAAGAAAAAGAGAGCUUCAGCUGAGCACGAAGAACAGCGUUUUAAAUCAAAGCAGCUGAGCUUUUCAGUGGCAGACUGGGACUUACUAAAUUCUUACUGAGUAUGAGUUACAUGCAAAUAAACACUUUUAAAAGAAAAAAAAUGGCACAGCUGAAUUUUCUGCUUUCCAUCAAAACAGAUAGUGG